AUGAAACCUUUAUCAAAUAUAGAAAUUGGGGAAUGUGUAUUGGUUAUUAAUAAAGAAAAUAAAUUAAUUUAUGGACCUAUUGAAGGUUUUAGUCAUUUAAAACGAAAUAGUUCAUUUAGUUUUUUAUUAAUAAAUAUAGAAAUUGAUGAUCAUAGAUAUAUUACAACAUCUUUAUUUAUAUCACCUAAUCAUUUAAUAUUCUUAGCAAAUGAUAAAGAAGUAAACAAUGCUAUAUUUGCUAGUCAAUUGCAUUCAGGUGAUCAUAUAAAAUAUGUGUAUAAAAAUGAAAUUAUAUUAGGUAAAAUUCGAAAUAUUUAUUUAACAAUAGAAGAAGGUUAUUAUGUACCAUUAACACCAUCAGGCACAAUUAUAAUUGAUAAUGUUUUAGUAUCGAAUUAUGCAUCAGUUAACAAUCAUUAUUUAGCUCAUAAUGUUAUAAAAAUAUAUCGACGAUGGAUUUAUUUAUUUGGAUCAAAUAAAAAUAAUGAAAAUAUUCAUUGGUUAUUAAAAUUAAUUGAAAGACUCGUUCAAUGGUGUGGCAUUGAAAAAUUUAGUCAAAUUUCAAUGUUCAAUGGUGUAUUUCAGAUAUUUGAUUUCAUUUGA